UACCGGUAACAUCACUGUAGUAACCUGAGAAAAUGAUACUCAACAGUUCACACUUUGAAUUUCUGAAGUCUUUAAACAACAAAAUAUUUCUUCAGUCAUUGUAAGAGUGAAGUGAACACAGCUGAUAUUCACUUACAGGCUUUAAUUUUAUAUAGGCAGCAGAGAAAAGGAAUACAUUUCAUUAAAGAUCUGGAGCAGAAGAUCACUGAGAUGAAGAGGAGAAACAGUGAAAAUCAUCUAUGGGUGAAACAUCCAAACAGCUUGAGACAUCAGCAGAAGUCUCCAGAAGAGUUGUUUAAGGAAUAUUACUGGAUUGUUGUUGGUGUGGUAGCUGUCCUGUUCAUUUUGGUUGCUUCUUAUAUUGUGGAUUACAACGCUAAGAAACAAAGUGAAGCUGAGUUGACAAGGAUGCAGCAGUAUGCAGUGGACGUGACUCUAAAUCCUAAUACAGCUCAUCCAAAUCUCAUCCUGUCUGAUGAUAAGAAACAAGUGAGAUAUGGAAACAUUUCUCGUGAUCUCCCAGACAACCCAAAGAGGUUUUAUAGAUAUUCAAAUGUCCUGGGAAAAGAGGGAUUCUCAUCAGGGAGAUUUUAUUUUGAGGUUCAGGUGAAGGGAAAGACUGAAUGGAUUUUAGGUGUGGUCAGAGAAUCUGUUAUUAGAAAUAAAGAGACCAUACUUACACCAUUAAAUGGAUUCUGGACUUUGUGGCUGAGGAAUGAAAAUGAAUAUAAAGUUGGUCCUUAUAUCUCUCUGUCAGUGAAAGUGAGUCCACAGAAGGUGGGUGUGUUUGUGGAUUGUGUGAAGGGUUCGGUCUCAUUUUAUGAUGUGGAGUCCACAUCUCAUAUCUACUCUUUCACUGCUCAAUCUUUCAGUGAAAAACUUUAUCCAGUGUUUAACCCAGGUACAGCUUAUGAGGGUACAAACUCAGCCCCAUUGAUCAUCACACCCAUCAAUACCAAUAAAUAACAUUUUAAAUACUACAGUACAGAUCUCAAACUUACCACACCUCUUUAAUCUGCAGCUGUUAUUCAAUAAUUUUCCUACAUGUUAUCAGAAUAUUAUGUUAGAAUACAGAGAAAUUGCAGUAGGCCUAAUGGGACUUUGCUAAUAUGAAGUAAUACGGGCUUAGGCCUAUAUUGUUUUCAAUUGUAAUGUGUUUUGUCUGUGUGUGUAUAUCUUUAUUAAAGUUU